AUGACUCUAUUUCCUAUCCACCUCAAAUUAUCAGCAGAUAUUGGUGAACCUUUGCUUGACCCUCCUCUCUACAGAUGCCUUGUUGGUAAACUCAACUUCCUUACUCAUACUCGCUCUGAUCUCUCUUACACAGUUCAAGCAUUGAGUCAAUUUAUGCACUGCCCUCUCACUUCUCACUUUCAUGCCUUACAUCAUGCCUUGAAAUAUGUGGCUGGCACUGUUGGACAAGGGAUCCUCCUUCAUGCCACUGAUCAUCUUAAACUUCAAGCAUUUACUGACUCAGACUGGAGGUCAUGUCCAGAUUCAAGAAGAUCUGUUUCAGGUUUCGUUUUGUUGCUUGGCAAUUCUCCAAUUUCUUGGAAAUCCAAGCAAGCCACAGUUUCCAAGAGCUCCUCUGAAGUUGAAUAUCGUGCCAUGGCUAACGCUGCAUCAGAAAUUACAUGGGUUGUCAGACUCCUCACUUAA